GGGUGAUUCCCCCACUCCCCUCCCCCCUCCUUUUGCAGACGCUCUCUAAGGCAGCAGCAAGUGUCUUUUAUUUUGCGUCUUGUGCGGUGCGCUGCCCUUUGCAGACACCCCCUUGGCCGGAGCCGGGGGUUUGCUGUUUGCUCCCAGUUUCAAAUCAGUCCCGGCGUGCUGCGCGCUGCUAACGGCUACGGAGUGGGACUGAGAGAGAGAGAAAAAAAUACACAGAUAGAGAGAGAGGAAAAGAUGGCCGAGUCUCUACCGCAGACUCCAAGCAGACACGAGAAAAGCCUGGGGCUCCUGACCACGAAGUUCGUGUCCCUGCUGCAGGAGGCCAAGGACGGCGUGCUCGACCUGAAAGUGGCAGCAGAUACUCUGGCCGUACGACAGAAGCGGCGAAUUUAUGACAUCACCAAUGUCUUGGAGGGAAUCGGGCUGAUCGAGAAGAAAUCAAAAAACAGCAUUCAGUGGAAAGGAGUGGGGCCAGGAUGCAACACGCGGGAGAUUGCAGACAAGCUCAUUGACCUGAAGGCGGAAAUUGAGGACCUGGACCGGCGGGAGCAGGAGCUUGACCAGCAGAGAGUCUGGGUCCAGCAGAGCAUUCAGAACGUGACAGACGAUAUUGAGAACAGCAGGUUGGCGUAUGUGACACAUGAGGAUAUGUGCCGAUGUUUUAAAGGUGAUACGCUGUUAGCAAUCCAGGCACCCUCAGGCACCCAGCUGGAGGUCCCCGUUCCAGAAGGGGCCCUGAAUGGACAGAAGAAGUAUCAGAUUCACUUGAAAAGCACAACUGGUCCCAUCAAUGUUUUACUGGUGAACAAGGACACCUCAUCCUCCUCCCCAGUAGUGGUGCCCGUGCCCCCACCUGAAGACCUGAUCCAGUGCCCUCCAACAUUGCCCACCACCCCACAGAGGCCGGCGCUGGCCAGUCACUCAGAGGCCAAGCCAACGUCACCUGCCCGGCCUGCCUCUCCGUCCACUGCCUCACAGAUACCUCCGCCCCAGUCCAGAGCUGCCACACCCACAGUGCCAAGUGCGUCAGCGCAAGAACCCCACAGCAACACCAGCAAUGUCUUAAGCCUGGAGCCUCUCAAUCUGGUGCCAACGCCUGCCAGUCAGUCCGUAACCAUGGAAACACAGCCACUGGAAUCCUCAGCCUCAUUGGACAGCAGUACGUCUUUGUCCAACCCCACUACCUCCUUUGUACCAAUCAAAUCCGAACCUUCCGUGGAGUUGGAAUUCCCUAAAGAGCUGACGGAGAUGUUUGAUCCCACUAAAGAAUGUAUGGAUUCCGACCUUAUCGAUGAACUGAUGUCUUCAGAAGUUUUCGCUCCUCUGCUGAGGCUGUCUCCACCACCAGGUGACCACGAUUAUUACUUCAACCUUGAUGACAGUGAAGGCGUUUGUGACCUGUUUGAUGUGCCAAUACUUAACCUUUGACCUCUGACCGGAUUUUGCUGCCUGGCAGCUGUGUAUAGGACUUUUAAAAACAUUUUUUUUAAACUAAACAAAAAAGGAGAGAAAAAGUAAUUUUUUUUUUAAAAUGGCAUCUUUUGCAAAUUCUAAAUUAAUCUCCCUGGAGUGAGAUGAACUUUUGACAUGACUGCAACAGAAUAUGGUGAAGAAGUAAUGGAAGGCGAACGUUGUUGAUGGAUGGAGCCAGAACGAUGGGCGGUUUCCAAUUUGCUAUUGGUUUUCUCUCGUUUUUGUUUGCCAUCUUUGCGUCCUCAGAGAUGUUGAUAGGAGUUCUCUUCAGUUAACAGCCAAGCACAACUCUGGCCCCAUCUCCUUCAUCGGACCCCCUGAAGAUGGUGGCGGGCUGCCGCAAUGGUAUUCUAGUUGGCCGCUUUGGAUUUAACAGUUCAUCCAAGAAGCCACGAGCACAAGUUUUAAAACCCCAAGACUGCCUUCUGUUUGUUGUCGAGACUUGUGUUCCUUCUCCCUCUACUCUCAAUGGAUUGUGUCACUGACCUCAUCAAUUGCAUCUCUAUCUCCUUCCAUUGGCUGUUCAACAUAUGACCUCAUCAAAUGGAGUGGUCCAUUUCACGGAAGUGGGCAUUAUGAAAAUUGCCUAAUUUUAUAGUUGAGAUGAGGUGUUCUUUCCCUUUCAAUUUUUUUGCAAUCCAGAUUUUGACACUUAUUCUCAAUUGGGCUAUUUUAAGAACUGAUUUCCUCCUGAAAAUUGACACCUGUUCCAAUGUUUCUCCAAAACCUUGAUCCUUUUUUGGGUGCAUGCCUCUUUCCAGUCUGAUUUCCUUGUCCAAUAUACCAGCUUAGAAAAUAGAAUGCUGCUCAUCCAACUUGUACAAAACUGGGAGCAAGUGGAAGAUAACGCUCCAAAACCUGGGGCACUUGAUGAGCUGAAUUGUCGCCUCCUGUGCAGUAACCAUUUGAUGAUUCACUUCCUCCAUCUGUUGCUCUGUAAGAAUUGAUCCUGCAUCAAGGGGGAUUGGAAAUCCUAGCUGCAUGGACCCAGGGGUCAUUGCAUUAGGCUUACGAUUACAAUGGUUUAAACCCUUGAGUGUGGAUCUUUAGGUUUCCAUUGCCAUUGAAGAGCUCACUUGCAAGUUGCUUUUUAUUUUUUGGAGGCUCUCUCAUAGUUUACUGCAAGCGAUGAGCAACAUUUCUCCACUCGAGUGACCUUCUCAACUUGAAUGUGAGCCUGUGGCACUGUUUUAAGUGUUUCUAACUUCCCCUCUCCUUUUGCCAGUUUUCUUGCCUCCUGGUGGUUGACCCCGAUGUAUAGGAUCCCAUAUAAUGCCCAUGCUGCACAAGUCAGGUCACAGAGUCGAAGGUCAUGCCAUGAUUGGUUGUCAUGGCAGUCUGCUUUCUUGAGUUAAUGUCUUCCAAUUCACCUGUUGGUGAAGCCGGGGAUGGGAGGUUUAAAACUCAAGGCCUAGUUACUGGGGAUUUUAACUGAGGUGACCCAUGUGAAGCAAAUAAUGUCAAAUGAAUUAGGAGGAGAAGGCCACUCGGCCCCUCAAGCCAUCUCCACCAUUCAAUAAAAUCAUAGUUGAUGUGAAUGUAACCUCAACCCCAUAUUCCUGCCUACCCCCGAUAACCUUUCAACCACGCCCCCCCCACCUUG